GAGCGAGAGAGAGAGAGGAGCAGAAAGUUUGUGUACAAAGAUUUCUUCCCACCCACCCCUCUUCCACCAAAGGAAAAAAAAAAGUAUUGUUUCACCUGAGAGCUUUGGUGAUAAAAGGAAUGAGAGAGCGAGAGUGCUAGAGCUGCUCAGCGCUUUUCAAUACCUCAGAGUUAGAGGAAAGUUAGCAGUUUGCUCUGCUUCAGUUUUAGAACUGCAAGCAAUUGGCAGCGCAGCUGUCUCUCCCUGUAGCGGACUGAAAAAGGGGCUACCGGCUAAGGAGAAACAACAACACAAAGUUUGACUUAGGAGUUUCUGAAAAAUUAAAAGCAGCUCAGGGUGGAAAAGACUUUCAUACUGGCGUUCUGAGUUAAUGUUUUUCUUCCUUCCUUCCUUUCAUUAAGCCCGUGCUCUGCUGCACUGAGGCAACUCUACGAGAAGAGACAGGGCACCAUGAGUUUUUAAGGAGCACUUUGUUUUUGUUUUAAUUAUUAUUGUUAACGAGGGCACAGGGCAUGACGAGGGAACUCAAGGGAAGCCUCUGAAGAGCAGCAGCAGCAAGCAAGAUGGGUCUCUUAAGUGUGGACCUGUUGAUCACCCUUCAAAUCCUGCCGGUUUUUUUCUCCAACUGCCUCUUCCUUGCACUCUAUGACUCGGUGGUCCUCCUAAAGCACAUGGUGCUUCUUCUGAGCCGCUCCAAGGCUGCACAUUGCGAGUGGCGAAGGAUGCUCACGUCGGAGGGACUGCGCUGCGUCUGGAACAGCUUCCUUCUAGAUGCCUACAAACAGGUGAAACUGGGUGGAGAAGCACCCAACUCCAACGUGAUUCACAUACCCAAUGGUACCAGUGACAGCAGCAGCAGCAGCAGAUGGAAAAGCUCUGGUGGGAAGUACGGCACCGAGUGCCACCUAUUAGACUUUGCCAAAUCGGAGCGCCCGCUGGUGGUCAACUUCGGCUCGGCCACCUGACCCCCCUUCACAAACCAGCUGUCGGCCUUUGGCAAGCUGGUGGAAGAGUUCUCCAGUGUGGCUGACUUCCUGUUGGUCUACAUUGAUGAGGCUCACCCAUCAGACGGCUGGGCUGCUCCUGGUGUCUCCUCCUCAUUCGACGUCAAGAAACAUAGGAACCAAGAAGACAGGUGUGCAGCUGCUCACCAGCUUUUGAAGCGGUUCUCCUUGCCGCCUCAGUGUCAGAUAGUGGCAGACUGCAUGGACAACAAUGCAAACGUGGCCUACGGGGUCUCCUUUGAGCGUGUGUGUAUUGUACAAAGACAAAAAAUUGCCUACCUAGGGGGCAAGGGCCCCUUUUUCUACAACCUCCAAGAAGUUCGACUUUGGUUGGAGCAGAACUUCAGGAAAAGAUGAAGUGUCCAGACUUACUAGAGGAAAAUACGUUGCACAUAGUGCCCCUUUAAAGCAAUGCGAAAGGGAAAGAAAUUGCACCCUGUUUUGGAUAGGCUUUUUUUUUUUUUUUUUUUGGCCUGUUACUGAACAGCAGGCCAAAUCAUAUGGCCAGAUGAACACAACAGACCAUAAAAGCAAAAUGAAACCCGAAUACCCCAUCAUCUUCCCAAAAGGGAGCUGAGAGAAGCGUUCUGUUUGGGACAGAAAGACUGGUGAGAUGAGAUUCCUGUGCCAUGAGCAGGUGAUCUUUGUGUUGAGGUGUUUGAUGCAGAAGGAACCAAAAGCAUCGCUUCUGGAACAGUUCAUUGAAAAGGCUAUACAAUCAUUUGAAGGGGUAUCUCUUUGCCCUCCUGUAUUUGUCCUGCUGAAUUCAAAUGUAGCAAAAUUAGAAAUUCGAGGCUUGCAAGUACCAUGAAAUAGAACUAUUCCUUUUUGAUAGAGAGGGUACAGCUUUAUAGAUACUGCGAGUUCCAGCAUCUGCUACAAACUUGCUAGUCAGUUGACCUCUUUUUUGCUGAAAGUAUUGGUGUUCAUAACUAGAAAUCUCUCUUUGCAGUAUUGUACAGCUGCAAUUCAGAAAGCUUUUAAUCUAAACAGAUGAUUUGAUGCUAGCUGGUUUCCAUGCUUUUGAAACAAAGAGUUUCAGCUUAUACAUUCGUGCAUAAGCCCUGCACUGUGGUCUUCAAAUCUUAAGGAGGCUUAAAGAUUUCACAGCACCACCCAGCAUGAAAAACACAUAUGUCUAUUUUAAGAUCAUAAGGCUAUAUCUCAAAAUCUAACUUCGUGAUAAUGUUGUGGCAGAGCAGUCCACUUUGCACUGGAUCACUUCAGACAACCCAGUUCCACUGGAUUCCCACCACUUAGAGGAAGCAACAGGAUGGGGGGACGACUUGUUAGUUUGAAUUCACCCCGAGUUAUUUUGCCUUGCCAAAGCCAACUUACAUAAUGAAAAUGUUCAUUGUUUAAGAUAAGGUGAUAGUCUUACCAUGCCUGAGCUUGAAUGCAUCCAAGAUAGCUGACUCAUGCUAUCCGUUUCACACAUCCAAGAGUCACAGUUAUCUUGUAUGAGAAAAAUCUGCUAAGAUAACUCACUUGGGUCUCAGAUCAUCAAAGACAAAGUGUUCUUACUGUGUCAGCAUAGAUCUUGUAUUCUCAUCAGAUGAAGAAUUUAGGGAACAGUCACAUGGCAGCAUUUUUAAAUAUGCAGCUCCACUUGACCACACCCAGUUGGGAGAUCAGAAAAUGUUGCCCUCUGGGAUCCUGCAGAUGAAAAUUCGGCAGCCUCUGCUGAGUCCACACCAGACUAUUCAGCUGUGUGGACCAGCACAGGCAAAAGAACACUAUCAGGGACAGCAUGUGCUGAUACUGUGUGUCUGAUUUCAUCAUAAAGAGCCACAUAAAUGUGUUUAGGAUUGCUAUGUGCUUAACAUUAUGUCUGCACUCAGAUAAUCUCUGAACAGGGAGAAACUCAUGUGGUCUGUGCUGUCAGAUUACCUCCAUGUAGGAAAAAUAUUGUGUGUGUGUGUCGUAAUCUUUAGAAAGAGAGUGAGGGAAGAAAAGUAAGGCAGGAGCAGGGCAAGAAAGAAAACACAGGCCAGAAACUUCAUUGUGUGAGCCAUUACAACAUUUCAGACAUUGGGACCAUUUGUGAAUUCCUGCACCUGGGCUUUCUUGGACUGGGUGUAUGUAUGUUCACAACCUCGCAAGGCCACAUCCUAGAAGCAACCUUGAUUUAACACUAGCUUUGGAUGCAUGGAACUGAAACAAUUUAUUAAUCAGUGCACUUGCUUGCUUUCUGAAGAGAAACAGCAGCCACAGGAGCAGCUGCAACAACAGUACAGUUAGGAUUAGAAGUUACUGUGUGUUUAGUAGGUGCUCUUUAAAAAAAAAAUAAUUUAUUGCAUUUAGAAGCCAUGAUGUAGAUGGUGUAUUUUCGUGUGCGGGUAAAAAGGAAAGGGGAUAGGGAGGGGGAUACACACCACUUUACCUCAUUGGUAUUGAAACUUUGUCCAUUAGUUAAAUGUGGUUGUGUCGAUAUUCCUCUCCCUUCUGUUUUAGAAGUUUGCAAUUAGUUUUUAAUCAGAUUAGUUCAGUGAAGUUAGUUCAGCAUGAAAGAGGUUUCACCCUCGGGGCUGAUGAAUUGCAGAGCUGCAGAGGGCCAGCUGCCUUUGCCCAGCUUCAUUUUCUAAGGAGCUUCCUUGGAAAAUUCAUGUCAGCCUCAUAGGUACUACUUUCCUUCCCCUUCCCCUCCACCACCAUUUCAAGCAUGAUGAAGAUUAGAAAUACAAUAGUUGGUAUGAGUUUUUCAGGAGUGGAAGAGGAGGGUAAUGGUUUUGAAAGCAACACUGAGCACAAGCCACCUUAAAA